AUACUACAUACUCCUUUGUCAUUUCAAUUGUAAAUGAAGAAAGUAGUGACAUCGUUUAUCUUCCUACUCAACCAUACUCAAUUACAAUUAAAGUGCCAGAACCUAUAAACCAUACAAGUAUUGCAGUAUCAUUGAUUGACCAAGGAGUUGCUCAUGUAGAAUGGGGAAUGACAUUGCUACAAAACAGCACUGUAAUCAGAUAUUCUGCUUCUUGUCAAUUGAAGGAGUGUUCUAGUGGAGUUAUUGUUAAUAAUAUCAGCAAUUCUUCUCUUAUCAGUAGUCUCAUUGAUGGAUUGAACUAUACACUAUCUUUCACAUCUGUCAAUGUGCUUGGAAAUAGUACAGAAACCGAAUUUUCUAUUAUUCAAAACCGUACAGCUCCAAGUAUUCCAGUGGUAAUGACCAUUGAUGGUGAGUCAGUUAAUUCUUCAUCAUUUACUAUUACAUGGGAGACUGUCAGUUGUUGCAAUGCAAGUGGAGAGACUCCUUCCUAUCAUAUAAUACUAAAUAGUGAUGAUGAUGAUGAUGAUGAUGAUACUGCUCUGUAUAAUGUUACUGUUCUGUAUAAUGUUACUGUCAGUCCUGAUACUACUUGGUAUACUUUCACUGGUCUGAAGCCUCAAGUCAUUUACAGUGUUACAAUAAGAGCUCUGAAUUCUUUUGGUAGUGGGCCAGGAACAGUGCAUACAACUACUAUACCAAUGGUUCCUAAUACUGAUAUACCAAUGGUUUCUACUACUGAUAUACCAAUGGUUGCUACUACUGAUGAACCUACUGGAUUUACUGAAGAACCAACAGAUUCAACUGAAUCAUCAACACUAUCAACAAUGGCAAUAGUAUUAAUAGUAGCAUCUUGCAGUGCUUUAUUUAUAAUAAUAAUCACUCCUUGUAUAUGCAUGGUCACUGUUCUUACUUGUAUGCCAAGAAAAAGAAAGUCCACUUGUUCCACUGGUCAUGAAGAAAUUUCAAUGAACUUAUUACAUGUGACAUCACCAAUUUAUUCCCCUUCCAAAUCUGAAAAAAGUCAAGCUCCAUAUGUCAUUGAAUUCCCAGCAAACACAAAAGCAGUAGAAGGAGAAACAGUUCACUUGCUUGUUCAAGUAUCAGGACAACCUGAACCUACUUACACGUGGACACACCAAGGGGAACCUCUCCAAUCCUCUUCUGAUGAUAAAGUUCAAAUAUUCUCCGAUGGAACUUUGGUGAUAAGAGACAUUGAGCAGGAGAAUGCUGGCCAGUAUAAUUUUAGUGCUAGAAAUAUUGGCGGAGUUCUUAAUCGUGUGGUCAUACUUACUGUACUCCCUGGGAUUGAUGAUGAAGAGCAACUAAUUCAAGAAGCCAAAUCUCUCAUCAUUGAUCACAAGCCAAUCCCUGCUGAUACAUUGGAGAAAUAUGUCGAGAUGCAGCAUUUAUCUGAUAACAAGCCUUUCAAUGUUCUAUUUUCAUCUCUAAUAAGAGAUACUGAUCAUUCAUUGUCCGUAGCUAAUGCAAACAGAUCAAAGAAUCGCUAUAAAAACAUUAUUCCUUAUGAUGAUAAUAUGAUUGCACUACAGCCAAUAGAAGGAUGGGAUGAGUUCCAAGGCCAAUACAUUAAUGCUUCCUACAUCAACGGAUAUAAUUUCAAAAACAAGUUUAUAGCUACUCAAGGUCCCCUUUCAAGCACAACUGGAGAUUUAUGGAGAAUGAUGUGGCAGGAGAGAUCCCAUGUGAUUGUCAUGCUCACUAAUGUAAUUGAAGGGAACCGUGUCAAAUCUGAAGAAUAUUGGCCUCCUUCACCAGAUAAUGAGCUUCAAUUUGGUCCUUUUGUUAUAAAAGUUGCUUCAGAAGAAGAAGCAUAUGCUAACUUUGUCAUCAGAAGUUUUGAAAUAUUAUUAACUGAUGGAACUCAGGCAAAGCAUUAUGUGAAGCAUUUUCAAUUCACUGCAUGGCCUGAUCAUGGAGUCCCUGAUCAUGGGAGCCCACUUGUUAUAUUUAUGCAGAAAGUAAUGCAUUAUCAUGCAAAACUUGGAGGGCCCAUAGUAACUCACUGCAGUGCUGGUGUGGGUAGGACUGGUACAUUCAUUGCUCUUGAUAUUGGACUUGAGCAGAUGAAAUCAGAGAAUCAAAUUGACUUCAUUCAAAUCAUCAACCAAAUGAGGGAUCAACGCAUGCAUAUGGUUCAAACUAUUAAUCAAUUCAUUUUUCUGCAUGAUACACUUUUGGAGCAAGUUUUAUGUGGAAAUACACUAAUUCCUGUUGCUCAAUUCUCUGAAAUAAUUGGAAAUUUUGAUUACACCGACACCAAAACAAAAAAGACAAUUUAUGAAACUCAAUAUCAACUGAUAAAGAGACUCACUCCAAAAACUACUGCUUACAAAUGUGAGAUUGGUAGAGAUUUUAUAGAAAAAAAUCGACCUGAAGUCCCUCUCCCAAUUGACACAAGAAGAGUGGUAUUGCAACAGAGUGACAAUGAUUACAUUAAUGCCUCAUAUGUAGAUGGCUAUCAAAAGAAGAAAGAGUUCAUUAUUGCUCAAAGUCCUUUAGAGCAAACAACUCUUGACUUCUGGAAGAUGAUAAUCCAGCAUAAGACUUCUACCAUUUUGAUGCUCUGUAAUUUGUCUGAAGACUCAAAGAUGGUUUGUCAUCAGUAUUGGCCUAAUGGUCCAACUGCUGCUGUAUUCAACUAUAUCAGUGUUAAAUUAAUCAAUGAGGUACAAGAGUCUGGCUCAAUUAUCAGAAGAACUUUUGGAAUCAAAGAUAUGAAUAGUGGUUACUGCUCUACUGUUGUUCAAUUGCAACUAACAAACUGGUUACCUGAUGGUCAGUGUGCUAAUUACAGCACUAUUGGAGACCUCUAUGCACUAGUGACUGAUAACCAGAGGAGGAGUGGAUCAAACAGACCCAUUGUUGUUCACUGCAGUGAUUCUAUCACUCGUUCUGCAAUGUACUGUGUAACUCACAAUGCUAUUGAACAAGCAAAAUUGGAGCAAGGCUCUGACUUAUUUCAAAUUGUUAAGACGCUGAGAAUGCAAAGGCCUGGAGGCAUACCUUCUCAGAAAUGCUAUGAAACUGUUCACGAGCUUGUUAGCUUCUUUUUGAGCAACUUUGCUAUGUACAGCCAGUUUCAAUAAUAAAUUUUUAAUAACC